UCCUGCCUAACCUUCCUCAGCCUCGUCCUUCUGUAUGCAAUGGUUCCGGACUCGGGUCCCUUCCCUGAAGGGCCGCCCUUAAAACUGCUACCAUUAGAAGCUAGGGACCGGGGCACCCAGCGCUGCCGCCUGGGCCCGGCCGCCCUCCGCACCUUGGGCGCACACUUGGGCUCGGCGGUGGAGAUCUCGCUGCCAGACGGCGGCUCCUGCCUCUGCACUGCUUGGCCGCGGCGGGACGGAGCGGACGGUUUUGUGCAGCUGGACCCGCAGUGCGCGAGCCCCGGGGCGGCGGUGGGGGCGACGGAGUCCCUGGGCAGUCUCAACUUGAGCCGCCUCCGCCUGGUGCCUUGUCCGCCCUUGCGGCGCCUCACCGUGUGGCCGGUGUUGCGAGAGCGGGCGGGCGCCCCCUGUGCUCGGAAUCCGGCCGCGGUGCUGGAGGCGGCGCAGGAGCUGCUGAGGAACCGACCGGUCUCCCGGGGCCACGUGGUGGCCGCUCCGCCAGGCGCCCCCGGCCCCGUGGCCGCCCUGCACGUCGUCGGCGGAGCUCCCAGCCCCGAUCCGGCCGGGCUGGUCACCCCUCGCACCCGCAUCGGCCUCAGCGAGGAGCCUCCGCCUGCAGCGGAGCCGAAGCCCGAGGUGCCCCUGGGGGGUCUUUCAGAGGCGGCCGACUCGCUACGGGAGCUCCUCCGCCUGCCGCUCUGUUACCCUCGCGCCCUGGCCGCGCUGGGGUUAGCAGUGCCCCGCGGGGUGCUCCUGGCGGGUCCCCCCGGAGUGGGCAAGACCCAGUUGGUGAAGGCCGUGGCCAGAGAGGCGGGCGCUGAGUUGUUGGCCGUGAGCGCCCCCGCGCUGCAGGGCGCCCGACCUGGAGAGACCGAGGAGAACGUGCGGCGGGUCUUUGAGCGCGCCCAAGAGCUCGCCAGCCGCGGGCCCAGCCUUCUCUUCCUGGACGAGGUGGACGCCCUGUGUCCCCGGCGGGGCGGGCCACACCGAGUCCCCGAGAGCCGCGUGGUUGCCCAGGUGCUGACGCUGCUGGACGGCAUCAGUGGGGAUCGCGAGGUGGUGGUUGUGGGAGCCACCAACCGGCCGGACGCGCUAGACCCAGCGCUGCGCAGACCGGGGAGAUUUGACCGAGAGGUUGUCAUUGGGACUCCCACUCUUAAACAAAGAAAGGCGAUUCUGCAAGUGAUUACCUCAAAGAUGCCCAUCUCUAGUCAUGUUGAUUUGGGUCUCCUUGCAGAAAUGACAGUUGGCUAUGUUGGUGCUGACCUGACAGCACUCUGUAGGGAGGCUGCCAUGCAUGCUCUUCUUCAUAGUGAGAACCAGGACAGUCCUAUGAUUGAUGAAACAGAUUUCCUUGAAGCUUUUAAAAAGAGUCAGCCCUCAUCAUUUCGAAGUGUCAUUGGAAUAAUGGAUAUCAAACCUGUUGGCUGGGAGCAGAUUGGUGGCCUUGAAGAUGUAAAACAGAAGUUAAAACAGAGCAUUGAGUGGCCUUUUAAAUUCCCUCGGGAAUUUGUGAGGAUGGGCCUAACACAACCAAAGGGAGUUCUGCUCUAUGGUCCCCCUGGAUGUGCCAAAACCACUCUGGUGAGGGCCCUGGCCACAAGCUGUCAUUGCUCCUUUGUUUCAGUGAGUGGAGCUGAUCUCUUUUCACCUUUUGUUGGAGAUUCAGAAAAAGUCCUGUCUCAGGUAUUUCGACAAGCAAGAGCAAAUACUCCAGCAAUUGUGUUUUUGGAUGAAAUUGAUUCAAUCUUGGGGUCUCGCUCAGCCAACAAAACGGGAUGUAAUGUUCAAGAGCGAGUUCUUUCUGUUCUCCUGAAUGAAUUAGAUGGUGUUGGACUUAAGACAAUAGAGAGAAGAGGAAGUAAAUCAAAUCAACAGGGUAAAUACAAGGAGCUGGAAAAAAAUGAAGAGUUUCAAGAAAUUUUUAAUCAAAAUGUCAUGAUUGUUGCGGCAACAAAUAGACCUGAUAUGUUAGAUGAUGCCUUGUUACGACCUGGAAGACUAGAUAAGAUUAUUUAUAUUCCACCUCCAGAUCAAAAGGGCAGGCUUUCUAUUUUAAAAGUCUGUACAAAAACCAUGCCAAUAGGAGCUGAUGUUUCCUUAGAAAACCUGGCAGCAGAAACCUGUUUUUUCUCUGGAGCAGAUCUUAGAAAUCUCUGCAAAGAAGCCGCCUUGCUGGCUCUGCAAGAAAAUGGACUAGAAGCAACCAUGGUGAAACAAGAGCACUUUCUUAAAUCCUUUGAGACUGUGAAACCAUCCUUAAGUCUCAAGGACUUGACUUUAUAUGAAAACUUAUUUAAGAAGAAUUGUCUAUCUUAGAAGGUAUUUAAAAAUUACUUUAUGUCCUUGUUCAGUUCACAUUAAUUGAAAUGUGAACUUGCCUAUAGUUUGCAACUUUAUACUUUUAGAGUUUUGUGUGUAUA